AGUAAUAUGAUAUAGAAACUUUUUAAGAUUUAUAAAAUAAUUAAGAAUUAAUAUAAAAAGUUACUAAAUUGCAAGCUAGUUAUCGAGGAUAUUCAGUACGAAAAGGAAUAUCAAAUAUUUAACUUGAAAAGCAUUAUCCAAAACCAGAAUUUGCAAAAUCAAUUUCAAAAUAAUAUGAAGAAAUGAUUGAAUAAGUUAAAAAUACAUAUGAAUAAUUAGGCACUUUUGAGUAUUAAAAUCUUGAUAAUAUAUCUGAGGGUGCUGUAUAAUUAGGUCCUUAUGAACUAUCUAAUGGUGCUAUAUAUAUAGGGGGAUGGAAAAAAGGGUAAAGAUUAGGAAAAGGUAAAUAAAUAUGGAAAGACGGUAGUAUUUAUGAAGGUUAUUGGUAAAAUAAUAAUCAAAACGGCUAUGGAAGACUUAUACAUGCAGAUGGAGAUGUGUAUAUUGGAGAAUGGAGAGAUGAUAAAGCUCAUGGUAAUGGAACUUAUAUUCAUGUAGAUGGAACUAAAUAUGUAGGAAGUUGGUUUAACGAUAAGUAGCAUGGAUAUGGAGUUGAAGAAUGGCCUGAUUAAUCUAAAUAUGAAGGCAAUUAUAAUAUGGGAAAAAAACAUGGAACGGGAAAAUUUAGUUGGGCUUGUGGAAAUGUUUAUGAAGGUGAUUUUUUUUAAAAUUGUAUUUAAGGUUAAGGAACAUAUUAAUGGACAGAUUAGAAAUAUUAAGGCUAAUGGAAAGAUAAUAAAAUGCAUGGAUAUGGAAUUUUUACGUGGAAUGAUGGAAGAAUUUAUAAAGGAAAUUAUGAAAAUGAUAAAAAAUAAGGAUAUGGUGAAUUUUUUUGGCCUGAUGGUAGAAUUUAUAAAGGAGAAUGGAAAAAUGGAAAAUAAAAUGGUAUUGGAAUAUAUAAAAAUUCUAAAGGUACUGAAAGAAAAGGUAAAUGGGAAGAAGGGCAAAUUGUUAAUUGGAUUGAGGAAUGA